UUAUGUUUAGUGUGUCUGUGCUGUGGUUCUGGUGUGUAGCGCCUUUAGCAGCGCAGCAGUGGCUGAAGGAAACAGCAGCAGUACUAUCACAAACACAGUAACUCGCGAUGUGAAGAAGAAUGGUCGCCGUCGAGAAGUAAAGAGGCAGCAGUAUCGUUGUUGUGUUUGUUAGUCGAUUGCAAAUGUCGCGUUCCUCCCCGGAACUGUAUUCAUAAUGUGAAAUAUAAAUUUCAUAAGUGUAUUCCGGAAACGAGCCAGGCCAUAUUUAUGCACGAGAGACAAGCGUUGGAAAUGUCGUUAAGUUGCCGUGGAACUCGAUUGCCAAGAAAUCCUGCGACCAACAUCGAUCCAACAUUAUUACCUACAUGCACUUAAUACUACCGUGCUUUCAAUGACCACCAAAGAAAUGAUAGAAUGAUGUUUAAACGACUCCUACCUAUAAACAUAUUAAGGGCUAUCGUCAUCAUUGAAACGGCAAAUAAAUGCAAUUACGUCCCUAGACCAAAGAUGGAACUUAGAGACAGUAUGGUUUGGCAUUCCAUCGCUACACAUUGGUCAAGAUGUUUUCUUCAAUGGUAGUAACGGUCGAGUAGUUCUAGUGGAAGCACAGGCAUUUAACAGAGAGAGAAAUAAUCCUGCAAAUGGAAACCAUCUACUGCUCGCCAGUGUUCAGGUAUCGAUAAUUCUAAUGCGCUGCAGUAACUGUAAGGGUUGGCGGAAUAACGACGACGCGAAAACGACUCUCCAACUCCUGAACGCCCUCUUCACCCACCCCUAGAAGAAGGUGUUCGCUGCCGGUAUUGUUGUUGAAGAGUGUGCCAAGACAGCAAGCCGUCGGAAAACUCGGGGUCGAUCAUACAAUACGACGUAAUUGACCGAGUUACUGACUGCUUCCUGUGAGUGAGCUUUCUCUCCCCCCUCCCUCAAGUGCGCUGUGAUUGGCCUGCUUUGCUGCGAUGUGGUAUGUUGAUGUUCUUGGGGCAGUUAUAUUAUCGUUAUUGGCUGUGACAGCACCUAUGACAACUGAAAACAAUAAGCUAAAAAGUUCAUGUAGGUUUAUUUACUAGUAAUCUAACUAGUAACUAGUUUGUAGUAGUAUUAUCAGGGAAAAAGAAACAGUUUUUUCGAGUACUCCGUCAGUGAAAACGAUUUAAGGUAGAUCAAACUGAGAACGUCGUGUUGUUGGGUGGAAACGUGUUUCCGGGAGCGUCGCUGGCGUUGCGAUGUCGUUGACGAGUGGUAGUGGCUGUGAUAGAAGCUCAGCCGUAUCGUUACAGCAGCAGAAUCGUCAUGGUGCUAUUUGCUCGUCGACAUCAAAUGCGAUCUCCACGGAAGCAAGUGCAAAAAACAUCGCCACCACAGAUACUACAGUCAUUUAUGAGGAAACAGCUGUAGCACCUGAGUCAUCAGCAGUAACACUGGGUUCGGCGGGUUCAAGUGCUGGCUCCGGGGCAGGCAACGGCGGCAGUGCAGGGGCAAUUUCACUCCGAAACAUGGCAGAGCUAGAUGCAAUUAUGGUGCUUGAGAUAGACGAAGAAGAACUUCUGCAACAGCAGGUGCCUGACGAAACGUCCUGCAUCGUGCCGGAACCCGUCGUCAUUCGUGGAGCUGGAAACAUGACUGUGUUCGGUUUGAGUAACAAAUUUGACACGGAGUUUCCAUCCCAGCUAUCAGCCAAAGUUGCCCCAGAAGAGUUCAAGGCGACUUUAUCGAGGGUGAAUUCGAUUCUUCGUAAAACUCUUCCGGUGAGUGUGAAAUGGUUAUUCUGUGGUUGUCUCUGUUGUUGUUGUACGUUGGGCUGUUCAUUGUGGCCAGUGGUAUGCCUAUCGAAGAGAACACGGCACUGCAUAGAAAAAUUGCUCGACUGGGAAAACUCCCAUCUCUACAACAAACUCGGCCUGCGAUGGAGGCUCGCCAAACAACGCUGUGAUAGUUCCUCCAUGCUAGAAUAUGUUCUUUUAAUAGAAUUUAUUCCCAAGCUGAUGAUACAUAAACCGGACUGAAUAAGUCUCACGGGGCUGAUACACUGAUUGCACGCUUCGUUUUUGUGUAGUAUUAUAGGAGACUCGGAGCGCCGAAUUACGGCAGCGAAUAAGUGAAUGAUGAUAGAUCAUGGAGUAUCUGUCUUUUCUUCAUCUCAUUCAUUGGGGUGGAGGAUGAUGUAUUUGAAAUUGUGAAGUAUCUACAUAUACUCAGUGUCAAUCACUUCAACUUCGUCUUCAGUCGCAGAAAGUCCACCCCCGUACAAGUCGAAUGAAACACAAGGGUCGAGUCGCGAAUUUGCUGUAUGAUAACUGGGAAUGAUAAUAAAAGCUAGAGGAGACAGCCAGUUAACCCGAUGGUGCUCCCCAAUCGUGCGAAUUUGCUCCGCUGUUGGACAAUUUUUCGUGAAGGACAAUACGAAUUAGUGGAGUCGAGUUUUAUGAAUGAUAAUUGGUUGCUUUUGCGUUUAGCAAACUAGUUGUAAUUAUAGUAGUAUUUGAAUAACAGUGAUGAGACCAUAAGCUUGUAAUAAAAAUUUACAAAAACGAACAGAUAAAUGCAGGGGCAACUCGACUCUAGCAUACAAAAAGAAAAUUAUAUAAACCAGUGACAAAUAGUUACAGAAAAUCGAACGUGAUGAUACGUUUAAUUCGCAACGGUAAUAGAAGAAAUGCUCAGCAGAACAAAGCGGCAGUGGGAGAUAAUCAUUGUGUAACGUCGAUGAACGCAAAAGAAUGGGGGAUCGUAUAUUGUAGGUAUUAUGGGUUCGAGAGGAUUGACAACGAGCUGCAUGUAUAUGUUAAAGCAAGUAAUUGAAUUGUUGGAAGAAACGAAACCAUGCUGUAGCAGCAUAAUUGUACAUAGUAUUUUGUAGGCCAAAAACUGUCCUGCUAAUUAAUGGCAUAAGUCGUUUGGACUGAGCGCCUUUCGACAGAUCGGUAAAUGAGAAAAGAUGCUAAAUGCAACUAUAUGAUUAAUUAUUAUUCAUUAUUUAUGUGUACGGUGAUAAUAAAGCAAUUUUCAGGUUGACAAAGGCACCUCCUUUAUAUUGCU